CAGUGUGACCACUACAAGACAUCGAUAAAACAGUCCGCGCGACCGGCCAAUAUCAAAUCUGUCGUAUAAAUUCGUAUUUUAUUUUGUAUUCGUGCCGCGGCGUACACAAAAUUACUGUUUUGUUGCAAGACAGCGUAGAAACCUCAUUUUAUUCCGGUGGGAAAGAGAAGAGGAAGAUGAUAUCGCGAAGCGUUACGAGAUAUUUGUUAGCGGAUAGAGUUUUCUCUCCAUCGGUUAUUCCCUAAAUUCGUGGCUAACGCGUCGAACGUUAUGAGUGACGAAGAGGAUCAGCAGCAACAGCAGGUGGAGGAGAAGCCGUUCGCCGUGGAGCGCGCGAAGACCGGACGCGCGAAAUGUAAGCGAUGCAAAUGCCCGAUCGAGAAGGGCGAGAUACGGAUCGCCAGGUACGUGGCGAGCUUCUUCUCGGACGGCAAACUGAUGCCGGCCUGGCACCACGUCACCUGCCUGUUCGACGCGUUCGCGAAACAACGCGCCAGCACCAAGAGGAUCGACGAUCCCGCGGAGGACGUCAAGGGUUGGGAUCAAUUGUCCGACGACGACAAGCAGAUCGUUCUGGAUAAGCUCGAGGCAUUCGAAAAAUCCUUGCCGGAUAAGGCUUUGAAGAAGGCCGCAACGCCACGUAAAGCGACUUCCUCUUCUAGUGAUUCCUCGAAAAAACCAGGGAAAAAAACUCCAGAUCAAAAGAAGACCGUAGCAAACGACAGUGAACAGAAUAAGGAGAAAGAGAACAAAAAUAAAGAGGAGAAAAGCAAAGUCCCGUCGAAGGAUGAUUCCUUUCGCGAAUUUCGUCGCGUAUGCAGCAACGUUGCCGACGUUGACGCCUACACCGACAAGACUACAAUCGUUAAGAGGAUGUUCACAAAAGGAUCACAAGGUGACGGUUUUAAGGGUGACAUUAUGCUCUGGUGUAAACUGCUGCUGCCCGGCGCAGUGAAAAGAAUUUACAAUCUGCAAAGCAAGCAGCUGAUAAAGUUGUUCGCGCGAUUACUGCUCGAGGAUGAGGAUGCGAUGCUGGAGCAUCUGGAGCAAGGCGACGUGGCCGAAACGAUCAGUGCUUUCUUUGAAAAUAGUACUGCCCUCUCGCCUUGCGCCGCGAGCGUAUUGACCAUCCAAGACGUCGAUCUCUUUUUGGAGAACUUGUCACGUUUAACCAAGGAGGACGAGCAGAUCCAGCAUUUUCGAUCUAUCCUCGAUAAAUGCACCGCCAACGAUCUGAAGAUGAUCGUACGUUUGAUCAAACACGAUCUGAGGAUCAACUGUGGACCGAAGCACAUUCUCGAGGCGAUUCAUUCAGAUGCGUACACGGCCUUCCAAAUGUCCCAAAAUCUGGAAGCGGUGCUGCGACGUUUUCUACCGAAUCUGGAGGGAAAACCAUGCGCCUCAAGCUCGCCUUUAAGCCAGAAUAAAGUAGCCCUCUCACUGAUGACGCCUAUUUUACCGAUGCUGGCAGAAGCGUGCACAUCCGUGGAAAUGGCGAUGCGAAAGUGCCCUAACGGCAUGUUGUCGGAGGUCAAGUACGACGGCGAGCGCGUACAAGUGCACAAAAGCGGAAACGAAUUCCGAUACUUUAGCAGAUCUCUCAAGCCAGUCCUGCCGCACAAGAUAAAUUUAUUCAAGGAUUACAUAGGGCGAGCGUUCCCCGAUGGUGACGAUUUAAUUCUCGAUUCCGAGGUUCUCUUGAUUGACAAUGAGACCGGACAACCUUUACCUUUCGGUUCCUUAGGAAUUCAUAAAAAAGAAGAAUUCAAAAAUGCUAAUGUGUGUCUUUAUGUCUUUGAUUGCUUGUACUAUAACGGCGAGGUACUAAUAAACAAAUCUAUGCUGGAGCGUAGGAAUAUCCUGAAGGACAGAAUGACCGAGAUACCAAACAGAAUAAUGCUGUCGGAGGUUUACGAAGUCCACGAUCCGCGGGAUUUAGCGGCAAGGAUUGUUCACGUGUUAAAAUUGGGUCUCGAGGGUUUAGUGCUGAAGGACAUUGAUAGCAAGUAUGAGCCGGGUAAGAGGCACUGGUUAAAGGUAAAAAAGGACUAUCUGUGCGGUGGUGCGAUGGCUGAUAGCGCAGAUCUCGUUGUGCUUGGUGCAUGGUACGGCACAGGAAACAAAGGUGGUAUGCUAUCGGUCUUCUUAAUGGGCUGCUACGAUGAGAAGCGCGACAAGUGGUUAACCGUUACUAAAGUACACACGGGACACGACGAUGCUACUCUGGCGGCGUUGCAGGAUCAACUCGACAUGGUGAAGAUUGGCAAGAACGUGGAGAAGCUACCGGGCUGGUUGCUUGCCAAAAAGCCCAUGGUGCCGGAUUUCGUGGCGAGGGAUCCCAAGAAGCAGCCGGUGUGGGAGAUAACGGGCGCCGAGUUUACGAAUCAGGGGGUGCAUACCGCGGAGGGGAUCAGCAUCCGGUUUCCGCGCGUCACGCGGAUACGCGACGACAAGGACUGGUCGACGGCCACCAGCCUGGACGAGCUGCGCGUCCUCUUCGAGAAGAAGCCCGAGUCCGUCAAUUUCGAUCGCCUGCUCGGCACGUUGGCGGAUGUCAAGGACAUUCCGAGGAGAAAGCUGCCCGAUCCCGUAAACAAGUCGCCGAGGAAGACCAAGGUGGCAAAGACGAGCUCAUGGGACGAGCCGUCGACGAGUUUCCAGGUGAAGGAGGAGCCGAUAGACCUCAAGGAAGAAGUCAAAAGGUCACCGGAAAAAGUCCUCAAGAAACGAAAGCAGGACGAGAGCGACGAAGAAUUGUCUGACAAAAGUCCCCAGUCGGAGAAGAAGAGAUGGAAAGUAAAGCGCGAGGUCAAGGAGGAAACGAAGGAUUCUUCAAAAUUUGAGACGAAGGAAAGAUCAGACUCGGGGAUGGAAUGGCAAGAGGAGGAUCGUCGCGUCGAUCGUCUCGCUGGCAGAACGGAGGAAUCCUUCGAAUCCUUGUCCGACAUGAAUGCCUCCGAUUCGGACGUCGAGGAUACCCUCCAAUUCAAUAAGGUGCUACAAGAUGUGCGGGCGAGCCUCGCUCCUGGUUUCGAUUCGGGCAGAAGGAAGGACGUACGAAGGCUGCUCAAAACACUCGGCGCCACGGUGGUUACACCGGUGAACGGAUACAGCUCGACGACGGCGACCCACGUCAUCCACCCGCGCACGGAAAUUCCGUCCUCGGCCGUCCUCGGGGAUUAUGCGGGCUAUCCGCGGACCGCCCGGCACGUGAACGUGUCCUGGCUGGAGGAGACGGCGGCGCGGUCGAGGAGGCAGGACGAAAUCUCGCACGCGGUCCAGCUGGCUGGCGAUUACUGCGACUGUCCGUGCACGCAUCGAUAAUGCAGCAGGUACACCCGAUUGAUAUACGAUCACCGCAAAUGUUUCUAAUAAAUUUUGUAAUUGUUAUGAAAAUAUUUAAAAUGCGUUCAGUUGUUAAAUAUGUAUUUUGUAAAUCUGUAACAAAGCCAAAUGUAAAUGUUUCCUGGCGAAAGCAAGAAACGAGAGGAUGAGAAAAAGGAAAGGGGAGAGUGUGAAUUACCUCCUUAUUUUUCUAAUCACUUCCCCAUUAUUUCGAGUAAACACACAUAUGUAAAGAUUAGAUAUAUAUAUAUAUAAAACGCACAUAAUUUAAUGAUCUAAAUAUGCGACAGAGCAAAGUGUAGAAGUUUUUCUAAUGGAGAGCAAAAAAUAAAAGUACGAAGGGCAAAAGAGGAAGGAACGUUUUUGGUCGAACAAUGAAAUUGUCUUCCGGGUUUGUCCCUUUGAUUCUUCCUUCCCAUUUUUUUUUUUUCAAGUAAGUUUCUGCACACCUUUGAUGAAGAUUAGAAAACACAGAACAAAGACGAGAAUAAAUGAAAACAAAAAAAAAA